UGUGUGCACCGGGAGAAGUAGGGACAGUAAAGGCAGAUGCAUUCGGAUGCUACUUGAAAAUAGGAAAUCAUCAGCUGUUUAUUGACAGACGGCCUCCACGUUAUUUUUUUUAUUUUUUAUCUUUUUAAGAGUGCCUACGAUGAAAGUCCAGGAAAUGAUUAAGGAGAAGAGCAGCAUGUGGAUAUUUGGAUAUGGCUCCUUAGUGUGGAAACCAGGUUUUUCGUACAAGAAAAGCAAAGUCGGACACAUUAAAGGAUACAAGAGGCGGUUCUGGCAGGGAGAUGAUUUCUAUCGAGGGGAUAAGGAAAAGCCAGGCAGAGUGGUCACACUGGUGGAAGAUCAGGAGGCUUGCACAUGGGGGAUGGCCUACGAAGUGACCGAGUCCCAGAUGGAUGAGUCACUCCAGUACCUAAAUAUGAGAGAGGUUGUUUUGGGGGGUUACGUAACGGAGAUGGUGGAAUUCAUACCCAGGGAGAAGGGUCAGGGUCCGCUGCUGGCCCUUGUUUACAUCGCCACGUCCGACAACCCCAUCUACCUCGGCCCGGCCUCGGACGCCGAGAUUGCCGCCCAGAUUUCCAUGUGCAGCGGCAACACGGGCCGCAACAGCGAAUACCUGAUCAGACUGGCGGAGUUCAUGAGGCUGCGCUGUCCCGAGGCGGAGGACGAGCACCUCUUCUCCAUAGAAGCGGCUGUUUUGAACAUUUUCCGGGACUGUGGAGGGAUUAAAUUCCCCGAACAAGAAGAAUCCCUGCUGGGAGUGAUGUAGAAGAUUGCGCAACGCACUCCAUAUCAUAAAAACUUUGUUUUUCACAUAGCACUACUGGGAAAUGAAGUCCUCUCGCACAAGUUUAAGGACGUUUGGUGCUUAAUAGAGAUUAUGAGGAAGGUUCUCUACUUCUGACCAUCUAUUUUUUUUUCCUUAUUUAAAUACAGUAUGUAAAUUGCACACACCUUACCACAUACUGUAUACAAGCUGAAUCGGGUUACGGUGAUGUUUUCAAAUGUCGUCCUUCUAUUUUUUAAACUCGUGAUGUUUAAACUGUGGUUAUAAAAUGACAUUGUACAUAUUUUUUAAUGUAUUUGAUUAAAAACACAGGAAAUCUGUGUGGGGAAAA